ACUGUUUUUUCUGUACAUUUGGUCCUUCGAUCCUCUUUUUGAAAAAGAAUCGAGCAAGUGCAAGUACUAGAAGCCUCUCAAAAGAAAAAGAGCAUUACUUAGCCAAGUAAAAAUAAAUGUAAGCCGGAAUAGCAAAGACUACCCGCAUUUAUAAAAAUUACUUUUAGUAAAAGUUAAAAAAAAAAUUUUAAAAGCGUCCUUGUGGCUAUAACAACAAGAACAGUGCAAAAAAAAAAAAUAUAUAUAUAUAUACAAAACCCUCUAUAAAGAAGCAAAUAUGAAGAAUUUGCUAACACGACAGAAGGAGUUGGGAGAUCUAGCUGCGUUGGAGGAGCAGAAAAUCCUGAGCGGAAAAAUAAGAAAGGCUUCAUGUCUGGAAUAUAUGGAUCAUAUUCAGACUGUUAUGAAAGAGUUUACUGCAAAUCAUAAUAAAAUAAUGGCUAAGAAGAGUCAAGAAGCUGAGGAAUACAUUGCGAAGAACUACUUCGAGCAUGUAAUGCAAACAAUGGAGAAUUCUAUUCAGAAAUUAAGAAUUCAAAGUACUGCCGAAGGUGUUUCAGCAGUGAGCAGCAUGUGGCAAAUAGAAUCUACGCCACAAACUAUUCAGGUCGCACCACCUGAAGCCGCGUCUGGCGUUGAAAGAAAAUAUCAACGUCGAGCAAAAAUGCUCAAAAGCACGAUGGAUGAAAUACGAAGAAAUGCAUUGGAUUCUCUCGAGCAAAUGAGAGAAUUCAAAACCAAGCUUCAAAUACAAUUUGAAAAUGUUGAAGAAUCAUAUUUUGAAACUCAAAAUAUCAAAUUAGUUGAAACAACUGAAGAAUCUAUUGAGGAACAAAUAGAUGUAUUUCGUCAAGAAUACAAAAUCAUCAUCGAAAGGAUAACGGAGAAAUUAAAUAAUUAUAAUUCACCACAAACAAUGUAUUCAAAUAUAAAACUGCAGGAAAUUAAAAUUCCGAUGUUUUACGGUGAAAUGAAACAAUGGUCGUCAUUCCACGAUCUUUUUAAAAGUUUGGUGCAUGAUUCGAAGCACUUUACAGAAGUGGAAAAGAUGUUCCGAUUGAAGACAUCAUUAGGUGGAGAAGCUGGUAGAUUAAUUCAACAUCUACCAGUAACAGCAACAAUUUAUGAAGCUGCUUGGCAAAUUCUCAAGGAAAGGUAUGAGAAUAGAAGGCUACAAUUUACAGCACAAGUAGACAGACUACUUGAUCAACCGACAGCAAAUGGAGAAAGUGCACAAAGCAUGAAGCAGCUGUUAGAUACCACCAAAGAAUGCAUUUAUGCUUUAAAAGGGCUAAAUAUAAAUUUAAAUGACGAACAAGCCAUCAUAGCUCGGAUAGUGGUUCGAAAACUAGACAAAGAAAGUCUACGUUUAUACGAGCAAAACGUAAAAAAAGUAGGGAUAUACAAAGCCUAGAUGACGUCUUCAGUUUUCUGGAACAGCAAUAUCAAGCUCUAGAAGCAAUACGCGACAGAAAACCAACUAAAUGGAACAAUCAAAAGCAGACACAGCGAACACCUACAUUUUAUACAGCGGCACAAAAUAAUUGUGUAUACUGCAAGGUUCCUGGGCAUCAAAUUGGUGAAUGCAGAAAGUUUCAGACAUUGACUACGAUGAAUCGAAGAAGAUUCAUAACAAACAACAAGUUAUGCCUUGAUCACGUAUAUGAAGGAAAAUGUAAUAAUAAAAAGAAGUGCAAUAAGUGUGAAAGAAAUCAUCAUAAUUUAUUGCACUUCAAUGAAUUCCAAAAAGGAAAAGGAGGAAGUGAAGAAAAUGUCACAAAAACAUCUUCCACAAUGAUGACGAAACAUUCGGAAAUGGCGAUACUCCUAGCAACAGCACAGAUAAGGGUGAAGGCAGCAAAUGGAGAGAUCGAAUACUAGGUCAAGCUACGAAAUUGGGCUGGAUAUUGUCGGGAGUUUUACAACAACCGAGAAAAAAACAAUACAAUUUUAGCAGCGGUUACUACAACAUUGGAGAAGUUUUGGGAAAUAGAAGACACUACAACUCCAGCAGAUACAGCAGAUGAUGAUGAAUGCCUAAGAAUUUUUGAAAAAACAACAGUAAGAAAUGGAAAUAAUCGAUUUGUCGUCAAUCUACCUUUUAAACAAGAAAAAGAAUUGGGCGAUUCUCGCAAACAAGCUAUGGCGAGGUUUCUUAACUUGAGAAAAGGUUCGCUACAAAUAACGAGUUAAAACAACAAUAUGUGCAAUUUAUGAAAGAAUAUUCAGAAAUGGGCCACAUGGAAAAAGCAAGUGAAAAUAAAUGCGGAAAAUACUAUAUGCCACAUCAAGCAGUGAUUCGAGAAGACAGUAGAACGACUAAACUACGAGUAGUUUUCGAUGCGUCUGCAAAAACUACAAAUGGAAGUAGUUUAAAUGACAUCCUCUUCAUAGGACCGAGACUUCAAAGAGAUAUAUUUGACAUUAUAAUCAAAUGGAGACUUUGGCAAUAUGUAUUAACUAGUGAUAUUGAAAAGAUGUUUCGACAAAUUAAAAUAACAGAUAGUGAUCAAGAUUACCAACGUAUAUUGUGGAGAGAAACAAAAGGAGAGCCGAUAGAAGAAUACAAACUACAAACAGUUACAUAUGGGACAGCAUUAGCUCCUUUUUUG